UUAUCCGUUCCCUCCAUAUAUCUCUUCCCCCCUUCUCCACCUCUCGCUACUCUGCACCGGACGUGCGAGAAGCCAUCGGCCAUGGCGUCCAUCCCGUGCACCUUCCAGCUGAGCGCGAGGGCGGCCUCGCCGUCGCAGCGGGCGGGAGGGCUGAGGGCGCCGCCGAGGCUGGGGUGGGUGCGGCUGUCGCGGCUGAGCGCGGUGGUGCCGGCGAGCGAGAGCGGGAGGGUGGGGCCGACGUGCUUCUUCAAGUUCGGGAACAAGGACGCCGAGGGCGCCGGCAUCUAUGGCAGCCAGGGCAGGGACGACUUCGACCGCGACGACGUCGAGCAGUACUUCAACUACAUGGGGAUGCUGGCGGUGGAGGGCACCUACGACAAGAUGGAGGCGCUGCUGAACCAGGACAUCCACCCCGUCGACAUCCUGCUCAUGCUCGCCGCCUCCGAGGGCGACAAGCCCAAGAUCGAGGAGCUCCUCCGCGCCGGCGCCAAGUACGACGUCAAGGACGUCGACGGCCGGACGGCGCUCGACCGCGCCUCCGACGACACCAGGGACUUCAUCCUCGGCUUCGCCAAAACCUUGGCCUGAUCACUUGGCCGUCGACGACGACGACGACUCAGCUGUAGUAUACUUUAAAUUUCUUAAAUCUUUUUUCAUGUUUUGUUUGGUAGUAGAGUUUAGCCGGGAGAGUCACAGGCUGUUUCCAAUGCAAGAGAUAGUAGUAACCUUCAUCUGUAUCUUUCACUUUCUUCACUGUGUGACCUCAUGCUCUGUAGAAAUUGAUGUUAUGAGUAUUUCAUCAUGAAGUAUGAAGAGUUUGGAUA